AUGAAGUUCAUCAAGAGCGUUCAUGCCGCCGCGGCCUUGAGCGGCAUCGUCGCCCCCAAGGACCUGGACACGCAAAAUCCGAGCUCGGUCCGCAACGUCGCGGCCACCAUUGCUCACGAUGCCAUGGUCUACUACAAGGGCAACACCAGCGCCCCCGACUCGGUCGAUGUUGGCAACGUCCCCAAGCCAUACUACUGGUGGGUUGCUGGCGCCCUCUGGGGAACCAUGCUGGACUACUACCACUACACCAAGGACCCCAGUUACAACGACGUCAUCCUCCAGGCCUUGUCGGCGCCCACCAACCUGGCUCCUACCUUUGACUACAUGCCCAAGGAACACGCCCAGGAGGAGGGCAACGAUGACCUCUUCUUCUGGGGCUCGGCCGUCAUGUCGGCCGCCGAGCGCAACUUUCCCCAGCCCAACAAGGACAUCCCGUCUUGGAUCGACAUCGCCGCCCGAGUCUUCAACUCGCUCGUCAGCCGCUGGCACAUGGACCAAUGCGGUGGCGGCAUGCUGUGGCAGAUCUAUCCCUCCAACCCCAACGGCAUGAACUAUAAAAAUUCCAUCAGCAAUGGCGGCCUGUUCCAGCUCGCUGCGCGCCUCGCCCGCGCCACGGGCAACGACACGUACUUGGAAUGGGCCAACAAGGCCUGGGACUGGUCUGCCGACAAGGGCCUCAUCGAUCCCAAAAACUACCACAUCUACGACGGCGUCGACCUCCGCACCGACUGCAAGGUGGUCAACAAAAGGUCCUUUUCUUACACCAGCGGCAUCUUCAUGUAUGGCGCUGCCGUCAUGGCAAACCACACCGGCAAGCGCGAGUGGGCCGACCGGACCUCGAAGCUCAUCGACGGCGCCCGCUGGUUCUUCUACCAGGACGACAAAGUCAAGAACAUCAUGUACGAGGCGGCUUGCGAGACGGUCGACAAGUGCAACUACGACAUGAUCACCUUCAAGGGCUACCUCUCGCGCUUCAUGUGGCAGACGGCCGUCAUGCUGCCCAGUCUCCGCGAACGCAUCGAGAGCUACCUCGUCCCCUCGGCCGAGGCUGCCGCCGCUGUCUGCACGGGCGGCAAGAGCGGGCGUGAGUGCGGCAUGAGGUGGUACACGGGCUCCUUCGACAACAAGCCCGGUCUUGGCCCUCAGAUGUGCGCUCUCGAGACGAUUCAGGGCCUCCUCAGCCGCGAGGCCGAUCUCCCCCUCAAGGGCAAGGACAUUGAACUCGUCCGGGAAAAGAACUGGAAGGCACAAGAUCCCUACCGGGUCAGCAAGCGCUUCCAGGGCUGA